AUGGUGAACAGCAAACUAAAGAUACUACGCGAUAUGAGUGCCACUGAGCUGGAGAGCAUCGACCCUAGUGACGUAGAUUGGCACGCUGUGUUUGCGCAGACGCCCGAACUCCACAGUCGGCAAAGUGUAGGAUCGGUUCAGCUGAUGUGGACUAACCACUUGCGACCAAAGAUCAACACCAGUCCAUUCACCGCCGCAGAGGACAAUGCGCUGCUCUCCGUUAAUCUCAAGCUCAAAGAAAACAAUCAGCGGCCGGAUUGGACUGCGAUCGCUUUGCAAUUGAACACCAACCGCACCGCGUUGGCCUGCUUUCAGCGGUAUCAGCGCAGUAUCAACCCAUCGCUUAUCCGUAGCCGUUGGACCAAAGAGGAGGACGCACGCCUCAAAGAGCUCAUGCGCCUGCACGAGCACGACGACAACAAAUGGUCUGAGGUGGCUAUGGGCAUGGAGGGUAGAACUAAUCAACAGGUCAUGAAUCGCUGGGAGAAGUCGCUGAAACCAGGGCAGAGUAAAGGUAGAUGGAAAGCUGCAGAGACCGAGGCUCUGCGUAAGGCCGUGGAGCACUUCGGUGUGGGCGAUUGGAAGAAUAUACGCACUAUGGUCCCUGGACGGUCGGAUGCACAGUGCAGGGAACACUACUACAACAUUCUCGACCCAAACCUUCCCAGUCUGCGUGUGGACUGGAUUGAGGAGGAUGAUCUUAUUCUGCAAGCACUUAUCAAUGACCUGCGCACACCCGAUUUGGUGCCCUGGUCGCAGAUUGCCCCACGACUUGGCGAGCUCAGUGGACAACCGAGAACAGACAAACAAUGCAUGUCGCGAUGGAUGACGCUGGGUUCGGAGGAGGCUUUAGAGUAUCGCAAGAUGCGUAAAAAGCAAAAGCUGCUGCACCGAGGAUACCAGACAAAGAGCUCCGACAAAUCAGGAGUCAAGGUCAGGCAUCUGGACGCCCAGAUUUUAAAGCUAUUGGUUGAUAAUCGCGAACAAACGGCUUUACUCACCGACACACCGGGAGAGCACAGCAAUGAGUUGACCGUCUAUGACCCGGUAACAGAAGAUACAAGCACAGACAGGGACCGUUCAAGCACCAGCACUACCGUAGUGAGCACACAAACACGCACACCCAGCAAGGAUACCACCAAUACUAGCAACUCUCUAGUUCAGUCAGCCACUGGCUCGGCGAGGGAUACAGAUACUGGAAUGGUUCACACAUCAAGAGGUCUACGCCCGAGCACGUACAAACGACGCAGCAUAUAUAAGUCACGUGGUGCCAGGGGCGGCGGUAAGGCGAAGAAGAAGCCCAAAAUGGCCUCACGAGGCACACAGACUGUCCAGUUUAAGGUGAAAACUGCGCAGUAUACACGGGGGCAUCCGUUGGGCUAUAAGAAGUGGGUGGUGACGCGCGAGCUAAACAUGUUAUGUGAUUUGUUCAAACUGCAACGAACAACGGGGAGAGGGGGUAGUACCAUAUACGGGCGGGAAAGCAGCCACACUGCUAUAUGUAGAAGACCUAGCGGCACAGACAGGCGAGGAAGUACCUGCUGGACGGGCGGUGCGAGAGGCGGUACUAUAAGCAUGGAAGACAGUACCAGGGACUCUUUGGAAGCAGCUGCGAGCGUACGACCGGAAAGUACCGAGGGAGUGGAAGAUGGUGAUGCAAGCGCGAGGGAUAGCGCAGGCACGAGUGUGACACUUGCAGCUUCCAGUACAAAUACGGAUGACCAAUUACGCGAGGAGUUGAAAAUUACAACUGCAGAUGAAGUUGGGUUGGGUUCAAAUACUUUGGAUAAUCGAGGAACGGCUGAGAGUAGUUGUGCCAACGAUGUUAUUGGAGAGAUGGGUAGGGAAAGAGAAGAUAUGCACAUGAAUGUUGUGAACAAUACCAACACAGCGAUGGCAGAUACACGUAUUGAUGCGGAAGAGGUUGGCGAUGGCUCGGCUGUAGAGAAGACUAUUAACGCAACUGACUUAACAGGUGAAGAAUAUAAAAUCACAGAAGAUAAUAUCAACAAGAAAAUGGAUAAGGUUGGCACUUGCAAUCGGGUAGAAAAGAGGAGACCAUCUGAUGCAGAUGUCACUGGAGUUACCACGAACGCGAAGCGAAGGCGCGUAUGUGCUGAAUCUGAAGGUUCAGCUACGGACGAAGUCGCUGGUGGUGCGGGAGUGCAUGGAGAAGGGGAAAGUGAACCAUCACAGGCACAGACACAGGAACAUACACCCCAACAGAUACAGACAUGGCAACAGACGCACGAACAGACACGGCAACAUGCACCAAUAAUUGUUGAGAGACAGCCGCAGGCACAGAGACUGACAAUUGCACAGAACCAAUCGGACGUGCGGACACAGGUAGGCCCUCAGACACAAGCGCAUCCGCAAAUUCAACCUCAAGCGAACGCCACUCAAGAUGACACACAGUUAGCAUCGGAUGCGCAAGGUGUGUUCUCCGACUCCCUUCCUACUGAGGAGUGUGCAAGUGCGGUGCCCAUUCCGCUACUGCCACCCAACUCGGUGACUGUGGUUGCGUUUGCGCACAUACUGCGCCAGCAAGUGAGCGAGAGGCUUGUACCACAUCAACCACCUAUGUCGAUUUCAAGGCAACACAUGCGAGUGCAAGAAUGUGAGAUCAUGCGCAAUUCGCAGGACAAUACGCGUGAAUUUGAAGAUAGCGAACCUUCCCACACACAGCAACCACAACUGCAGCAACAUCAGUCUGUUGUACUGGUAUCUACAUCACAAAUACAGAACAAGAACAAAUCUUCGACACAAACGCACGACCCUGCGCCAGUGCAGCCACGUGCAUCGACAUCACUUCAAGCGUGCGCACCCGCUGCGCCGGUGGCGACGAGUGCGGUAGUGCCCACACAGUCACAAACACAUACAGACCCACUUGUAGGACAUACAACAGGCACGACAACGAGUUCGCACUAUCGAUUAUUGUCGGAACGCUUCCGUGCUAUGUUCAUGUGGCCGGCUUUGUUGUCCACGCUGGAGUGUGAGGUUGCUCGUGGGGAAAAAGCUGGGCAUAGUACAGUCUCUGUGGUAGAUUCGCAGGAAAUGACACAAUCAUCGGUGUGCACACAGGGAAGGACUAACACGUCAGCACAUACACAGCCAGACACACAAUCGUCAGGUUCUAUGCAAGGGCAUAGAACUACGCAAAGUUUUGAACACACUCGAAUAGGCACUGUUGGCGAUGUACGCACACAAGCACAGGAACUCGCGGAUACACGGACGGGAACUAGUAAGUGUAUGUCCAAUCAUCAGUCUGAUACAGAACUCAGCAGCAAUGGUGGUGGGGGCGAUGACAGCACCACACUUACGUUUGGAAAUGGAAAUAGCCAAAGCUCUAUGGCACAUGACAAUGGCCUCGUAGGUAUAGCGUUUCCUACAGAUGCUGCCAGUGUUGGUCUGAUUGCAUCCGAUAACACUGGUACGGAUGGUAUAGAUGAAACAAAUCACAUCAUUGGAAGAAGGAAGAAGGCCGCAAUGGGAAACCUGACGCGGCGACCAAUAACGAAGUUAAGGUCUGCAAAGGGCCCUAAAAAGGGGUCUGCAAAGGUGGUUAAGGGCAAGGCGACGAUUUCCAAACCAGGAAAACAAGUGGCCCGACCUAACAAAGGGUCAAAUCAGAACGAAAGCGGGGAUUCUGCCACGGCACUCCGACCUACCGAUAACAGUAUUUCAAUAUAGCCGAUAUGGCGAAAGCCUGACAAUAUCACAGGUAGCUUAGACUAGGGCGAGCACUACAAGUAUCUGCAUCACUGAGUCGGGAGUGAAUUUGGCGUGAAGCAGUACACAAGGCGACCAAGAAAAUACAUAGGGGUCUACCUCAUGCUGGGGCAUAGUAUUGCCUGCACGCCCUACAACAGCAGCUGUCCAAAGCGUGAAACUAUGAAGGCUGGCAUCACAUGCUUCAUCGUCCAGUUGAAAUUAUGGUCAAAGUAGCCUUACGUCUACCUCCAAAUCAAAUUCAUUGAAACUCCUUUGGGAGGGAGGAGAGUACACUUGCCUAUGCCAAUAAGUUCUGCACAGCAAUUUAUUUCCAGGAUUAGUAUGGCGAUCACAGCUGUGUGUGCACUUUAGGGACUUUACUGGUUUCGCUCGAGACUCGAAGACCGAUUCUUCAUACAGGGGCGGGAUCUCUGACAACAGUGUCAUCGGAAGCAUGUGAAGUCACGUAGCCGGUCAAAAUACUUUGUGCGACGGCAAACAUGCUCCUACGCGGAAGCUCGCAAUGAGAAAGUGUGUGCGUUACCGGCCAAUCUGGAGGGAUUGAUUUUGUAGUUUCGUUGGAUAAGCGCACAUACGUAGAAACACGUAAGCGUUUGACAGUAUAUCUAUAGCUGACUACAGAUGAUAACUACUCCUGACACUGCACAGGCACAUAUCUAGGCACAAUUCGGAA